AUGCCGCUUAAUUCUAGAGCCAUUUAUGCGAAAUCGGAGGCCCAGCUGGUGCCGUUUGCCAGUCGGCGCAGUACAGUUCAUAGCACUAAGGGAAUUGUCACUUGUUCGCAGCCUUUGGCUGCUGCGGCUGGGCAUAAGAUCCUGAGUCAAGGUGGUAAUGCCGCGGAUGCUGCUGUGGCUGUUGCUGCUGCACUUAACAUGACUGAGCCCGGGGCCACCGGAAUUGGAGGUGACAUGUUCUGCCUUUUCUAUAACGCCAAGACGAAGAAGGUAUCCUCACUCAAUGGAUCUGGCCGAUACCCGGGCAAGGCCACUUUGGAGCAGGUGAAGAAGGAUCUGAACCUAUCUCCUGAUGAACCACAAGAAAUUCCUCAACUAAAUGCUCUUGCGGCGACCGUUCCUGGAGCGGCUGGCGGUUGGGUUGAUACUGUCGAGAAAUUCGGGAGUGGGAAGCUCUCAUUGGAGCAGAUAUUGCAACCAGCAAUCGAGAUGGGUGAGGAAGGCUUUGUUGUAUCAGAAGUCUCGUCCGCGCAAGUCAAGCUCCCCCGUGUUGGCGAGGUCAUGAAGAACCCGACAUUGGCCAACACCUUCCGCACCUUGUCAAGGGAAGGUAAAAAGGGAUUUUACGAAGGUCGCAUUGCACAAGAGAUUGUUAAGGUCUUGAAGGACCUCGGGUCUUAUAUGGAGCUGGACGAUCUCACUUAUCACUGCGAAGUUGGUAGUCAAGAGACCGAAGCCAUCUCACUUAAGUUCACCGGCCAGGACAUUGUAACCAAACAAGCGGCUGGGACGGAUGGCGAGGAGAACCAAGGUGUCGAGGUUUGGGAACAUCCUCCCAACGGACAGGGCAUCGUUGCCCUGAUGGCAUUGGGGAUACUGGAAGAAUUAGAAAAGGCCGGAAAGAUCCCCAAGUUCACUCCGGCCCAGCACAACUCAACCGAAUAUCUGCACGCCAUUAUUGAGAGUUUGCGUAUCGCCUUCGCUGAUGCGGCAUGGUGGGUAACGGACCCAGAUGCAUCGCAAGUGUUGAGCCAGGACCUCCUUGAUCGAGAGUAUCUUGCCGAACGGGCCAAACUGUUCUCGCCCGACCGUGCAUCAGAACUUAUGGACCACGGUAGCCCAGCCCACACCCGCAGCGAUACAGUGUACUUCGCAGUGACAGACAACGAAGGCAACGGUAUCUCUUUUAUCAACAGCAACUUUUCGGACUUCGGAACGCAGAUCAUCCCAGCGGGCUGCGGCUUCACGUUGCAGAAUCGUGCGACCGGUUUCUCAUUGGAACCUGGCCAUCCCAAUGCUUUGGCUGGUCGGAAGAGACCCUACCACACGAUCAUUCCAGCUUUGAUCACCAAUGUCUCCGAUGGUUCCCUCCACUCGAUUUACGGAGUGAUGGGUGGCUAUAUGCAGCCGCAGGGACAUGUGCAAGUAUUGCUCAACAUGCUUGCAUUCGGAUACCAUCCCCAGGCCGCCCUAGACGCACCCCGUGUCUUGAUAGAAAAGCCUAUCUGUGAAAAGAGGAAUCGUAAGAUCAUCAUUGAAGAGGGUAUCAGCGAGGAGGUGGUUGAGGGGCUCCGUCGCCUUGGCCAUCAGGUCGAGGUGCAGGCGGGCUGGGAUCGGUCGGUCUUUGGACGCGGGCAGAUUAUCCGUGUGCACUAUGACGAGGGACAGCGUGUUUAUAGUGCGGGCAGUGACCCUAGGGGAGAUGGAAUGGCGUUCCCUUUGCUAUAG